CCUCACAUGUGUCAAACAAAAAUUUUGGUUUUAACUUUAGAAAAUAAAAAGUCAUUUGGUUUUAAUUUAUUUCUGAUAGACAUAUAGAAUAUGGCUGGAAAAAGGCAAGCAACUACGAAUCUGAAUCAUGAGAAUUGGGAUCAGGAAGAUGAAGCUGAAGAGCGUGGAACAUUUCGUAAAGCUCCAGAAGACGAGUUAAAAAAUCGAGUUAUUAAAAAAGCGCGCAGAAAAGUCACCGCCGGCGGCAGCGGCGCAGACACUACCGAUGAUGGUGCACCCAAAAGCGUGUUCAGUGGUUUUGCAGGUUUCGGCAAGUCAAAUAGCUCAACGCCCACAGCAUCUCCCUUCUCAUUCUUAUCGAAAAUUCCUGGACCUCCCGCUGAUAGUUUGAAUAGCAUAACCACUGCAAAAACCUUUAGUUUCGGUCCAGUUGCUAAAACGGCUGAUUCAACUGAGAAGAAAGACGAUAAAUAUACUGAGAAUGGUAGCGCAACAAAAGAAAAUGUAAAGGAUAACACGGUAAAGUCUGCGAAUUAUCAAAGCAAAAUAAAAGGUUUAAACCAGGCUGUAAGCGAAUGGAUAAAGAUACACGUUGACAAAAAUCCUCUCUGCAUUCUUACACCGAUUUUCAAAGACUAUGAAAAAUACCUUAAUGAUAUAGAAGAAGAGGAGAAAACUGCGGAUAAAUUUUCAACUAAUAAUACCUCUGCAAAAGAGAAAAAAUUGCCUUCGGAUACAGCGUCAUCAGUUAGUAACUUUAAGUUUUCGACAUCUCCGGCUAAACCUGGUACGAACAUCACCUCCACAAGUGUUGCAAGUCCUGUGUUCUCAUUUGGUUCAACCUCCACUUCAGCUUCUGGGAUUCCAACAACUUCUAGUAUAUUUACAAACGUAUCUAAACCAGCUUCUGAAGAAACAAAAACAGCAACUUUUAGUUUCGGAAUAAAAUCUCCUGAAAAUAAAAAUGGUGGAAAUGAAGCACAAACCGUAUCUUCAUCUAAAGGAUUUUCUUUCGGACUUAAAAGCGACAAUAAGCUAUCAUCGGCUAGUUCAACGCCUUUCACAUUCGGCAAACCCGCUGCAUCCAACGGUGACACUAAUGAAAGCAAACCGGCUGCAUUUAGUUUUAAACCGGGUUCUACCACAUUCAAUUUCGGAAAUAUAAAGCCACCCGUGGCAGCAGGUCCUUCAACUUCUGAGGGUGCGAAUGGAGCAGAUGACGAAGAAGAUCAACCGCCGAAAAUGGAAUUUAGACAGGUCGUCGAGGAAGACGCCGUGUAUUCCAAGAAAUGUAAAGUUUUCGUUAAGAAAGAUGGGGCAUUUGCCGAUCGUGGUGUGGGCACAUUGUACUUAAAGCCUGUAAAAGAUUCUGAGAAGACACAAUUGCUAGUUCGCGCCGAUACAAACCUCGGAAAUAUCUUGGUGAACUUAAUUUUAAGCACGGGUAUCCCAACACAACGUAUGGGUAAAAACAAUGUGAUGAUGGUUUGUCUUCCUACACCCGAUGUAGAAAAAGCCACUUCGAUGCUGCUACGUGUCAAAACAGCAGAAGAAGCUGACGAGCUGUUAGCAGAAUUAGACAAAUACAAAAAGUAAAAUAGAACUAUAGCUCCUUUACUUUUAAAUAGUCAUAAACACCGAUUGGACUUUUAUCCUGGCUUGGCGACAUUUUAAAAAUUUUACCAAUAAAGAAUAUUAAAUCA